UUUUUGUUAUGAAAUUAUUAUGUAGGAACUGUCUAAUUUUGAUACUUUAUGUAUGUUCUUAUUAAAUCACUUAUCCGUCAAUAUAAUUCUGUACUAAACUUAAUUUGUUUUGAUUUUAAAAGCACUGAGAGUUUACAUUUUUAAUUAAUUAUUAUAUUUAUCAAUAUCAGCAAUGUCUGGUCGUACUCCUCGAAGAAAUGGCAGUACCACUCCAAGAAGAGAUCAAACUCCUCAAAAUGGUUCAACUACACCAAGAGGAGGUCGUGCUUCUCGAAAUAGUGUCAGCACACCAAAUAAUAGCCAAACUCCAACCAGAAAUAAUGCCACUACUCCUAGAGAAGGAAUAAAUUCUUCCAGGAAUAUUAUGACACCAAGAACUAAUGGUCAAUCAACCGGGAAUAGAACGCCAGGUUCUGUUUCCAGUCGUCGAUCAGGUGGGAUUGUCUCGGAAGUUUCUUCACCUGCUCGUCGUUUUAUGACUAGUCCAUUACAAGGACUGCGUACCAGUGAAGUAGAUCUUAGUUCUCCUAUCAAUUAUGGUACUCCUCUAAGUUCGGUAGAUUCUCGAGCUACUGGUUUUACUGUGCGUAGUGGUAAUUCAGUUCAAAGAACUAAUUUAUCAGUUAACCGACGGCAUAGGCAAGUUGAUACUACUAAUUAUGAAAAUGGUGUACCUCGAACUGAUUUCGAAAAUCAAGAUGUAGCUCCAAAUUUAGUUAUAUGGGGUACAGAUGUUGUAGUUGAUAAGUGUCGUACCAAAUUUCAAAAUUUUAUUGAAACAUUUAGUUUAAAUGAAUCGGAAUUGCCACAUUAUAUGUCUAAAUUAAGUAAUGUUUUGGAAAUGGAAAUCCCGUAUAUAGAUGUUAAUUGUGGUCACUUGAAUCAAUUUGAUCCUGAACUUUAUCAACAAUUAAUAAGUUAUCCUCAAGAAGUUAUCCCAGUGUUUGAUACAGUUGUCAAUGAAGUGUUUUUCACUAAAUAUCCAGCAGCUGAUUUGACACAUGUUACUAAAGCUCUCCAAGUACGACCUUUUAAUGUACAAAAAACUAUGAAUAUGCGUAACCUAAAUCCUGAAGAUAUGGAUCAGCUUAUUACUGUUUCAGGAAUGGUAAUUAGAUGUAGUGACAUUAUACCUGAAAUGCGUGAUGCAUUUUUCAGGUGUAUUGUAUGUUCAUAUACAACUAUUGUAGAAAUUGAUCGCGGUAAUAUUGCUGAGCCCACGUUAUGCCCUCAUUGUAAUACUAAUCAUUGUUUUGAGCUUAUCCACAAUCGUUCUAAUUUUACUGAUAAACAAUUAACCAAACUCCAAGAAUCACCUGAUGAAAUGCCGGCUGGUCAGACGCCGCACACUGUAAAUUUAUAUUCUUAUAAUGAACUUAUUGAAACCGUACAAGCUGGUGACCGUGUAUCUAUAACAGGUAUUUAUCGAGCCGUCCCUAUGCAAGUGAAUCCAAGAAUGCGAAACUUCCGAAGCGUAUAUAGGACUCAUAUUGAUGUUUUACACUUUUUAAAAUGUAAUGAUAGUCGUAUAUCUUUUGCUGUAGAAGAGAAAAAUAAAUUAACUGAAGAAAGAAUUGAAAUAUUACAAAAUUUAUCAAAAACAGAAGAUAUUUAUGAUAGACUAUCAAAUACAUUAGCACCGUCUAUUUAUGAAAAUAAUGACAUUAAAAAGGGUAUAUUGAUGCAACUAUUUGGUGGUACACGAAAAACUUCUAAAACCAAAAAUCAUUUAAGGUCUGAAAUAAAUAUAUUAUUAUGUGGUGAUCCUGGUACAAGUAAAUCACAAUUCUUGUCUUAUGUUUAUGAUAUUGUACCUAGAAGUCAAUAUACUAGUGGCAAAGGUUCUUCAGCUGUUGGUAUGACAGCUUAUGUAACCAAAGAUCCAGAAACUAGACAACUUGUUUUACAGACUGGCGCAUUAGUUUUAGCUGACAAUGGAGUUUGUUGCAUUGAUGAAUUUGAUAAAAUGAGUGAUUCAGCUAGGAGUGUUUUGCAUGAAGUUAUGGAACAACAAACCUUAAGUAUUGCUAAAGCAGGUAUAAUUUGUCAACUUAAUGCUAGAACUUCUAUUUUAGCUGCUGCAAACCCAUGUGAAUCACAGUGGAAUAAAAACAAAACUAUAAUAGAAAAUAUAAAACUUCCACAUACAUUAUUAUCCAGGUUUGAUUUAAUAUUUUUAAUGUUGGAUCCACAAAAUGAACAGUAUGAUAGAAGAUUGGCAAAUCAUUUAGUAUCAUUGUAUUACAAAAGUGAAAGUUAUGAACAUGAUGAACAAAUGGAUACUACCUUACUGCAAGAUUAUAUUACUUAUGGACGUGAAACAUUUCAACCUAUUUUAAAUGAAGAAAGCAAACAGAAACUUAUUCAAUAUUAUGUUAACAUGAGAACUGUUGGUAGUGGUAGAGGACAAGUCUCUGCAUAUCCAAGACAAUUGGAAUCAUUAAUUAGAUUAUCUGAAGCGCAUGCUAAAAUGAGGUAUUCAAAUGUAGUUGAAUUGAAAGAUGUCGAUGAAGCUUGGAGAUUAUAUAGAGAAGCAUUAAAACAGAGUGCUACAGAUCCGCUAUCUGGAAAAAUAGAUGUAGGAAUAUUGACUACUGGCUUGAGUUCUGCUGCAAGGCAAAGGAGACAUGAUGUCGCAGAACAUUUAGCCAAGGUAAUGUCUAGCCAGCCAAAAUCUACUAUAUUCAACUACCAAACAUUAUUAAAAGAAACAAAAUCAGCUUUUCCACAAUUUCAAGUUACAAGAGAAAUGUUUGAUGAUGCUCUUAAAGAAGUUCAAGAUUUGGGUAAAAUCAUUAUCACAGGACGAACUACAAUUCGUAGUAUUUAAAACAUUUAAUGUCCUUUUUAUGCUUAAUUUAUAUUUAAC